AUGGAUGCACUGGAUGAUAUGGAGGUCCUGUCCGCAGACAUCCUUCCAGAGAUUCAUGCGUCAAGGAGGAGGUAUCAUCCGUAUGGCAGGAGAGAUGAAUUACUGGUAACCGUCAAUGGGGAUGAGAGACAGGUGCAUGAAGGGCUGUCCUCAUUGUGCCCAAUGUUGAAUGCACCCUGGUAUCAACAACAACCACAAGCUUCACAGUCACCCAGACCACUGCAGCUGUCGCAGACCUACCCAGCAGCUGCUACAUCUACCUCCCUGGCACCUGAUCCACUGCAACCAGCCCAUGGUACCACAGGCCUCGCUCCCUCGAUCGCUGCUACCAGAGGUGUCCCAGUGUCUGGUACUCCGACACUGCAACCAGCCCAGUCUGCCAUGGUACACACUCCACCUGAGGUACCACAGACCUCCCUCCCUCGACGUCAGCUACCGGAGGUCUCCCCAGUGUCUGCUUCUCCGACACUGCAACCAGCCCAGUCUGCCAUGAUUGUCCACCUGGAGUACUCAUCCAGGGAUCUCAAGCAGGACUUCGGUUUCUGCAGCAUUAUGUACAAAGAUUUUAGCAAUCAAAAAGAAUUGUUGCCACAUGCCUCCCUCCCUCGACGUCAGCUACCGGAGGUCUCCCCAGUGUCUGCUACUCCGACACUGCAACCAGCCCAGUCUGCCAUGGUACACACUCCACCUGAGGUACCACAGGCCUCCCUCCCUCGACGUCAGCUACCAGAGGUCUCCCCAGUGUCUGCUACUCCGACACUGCAACCAGCCCAGUCUGCCAUGGUAAACACUCCACCUGAGGUACCACAGGCCUCCCUCCCUCGACGUCAGCUACCAGAGGUCUCCCCAGUGUCUGCUACUCUGACACUGCAACCAGCCCAGUCUGCCAUGGUAAACACUCCACCUGAGGUACCACAGGCCUCCCUCCCUUCUACCUUGAGACAAACUCCCUCCCCGGCACAGUCCACACUCAUGAUGUGA